AUGGCUGAUACCCUUAAAACAGGCGAGCCAUCCGGUUGGCGAAUACCCAAGGCUUGUCAAGAAUGCAGAAAGCGAAAAAUCAAGUGCAAUGGAGUCAACCCCUGCAAGACCUGUCGGGUGCGGAACACUCUAUGUGUCUACCGGGAUGUGAUCCGGCAGCGCAAGAAAAAGAGGCAUGGCCCUGUAGACGAGGGCCUGGCUUCCUGUGAAUCUACGCGCACUGAGCUUGGUACACAGCAGCCAUCCUCACCACCGCCCCAGCCGCUAGGCCGCCGGAACAAAUCAGCCAGCUAUACUUUCCACAACAGCGUUUCGGCAACGCACAUGACCUCUCCGUCAUGCAAGGUGCAACUAUAUUAUGGACCGACGUCCCAUUUUACCCUUAUGCAUGAGAUCUAUCGGGGUUUGGUUUCGAAUCAAACCACUCAUCCUGAGGAGCCGCAGGGAGAAGUCGAAGAGGCUGGGGCUGGGCUUGAUAUGUUCAGUGUUCGGGGCAUCUUCUUCGGUACUCCAGCUGAGACGCAUGAUCCCAAUAAGGGGAUCGGUACGACAGUCGCACCGGUGAUGUUCAUGCCGUAUGAGCUCGCCAGGGUAUUUCUGCAAAGAUUUUUGUCAACGCUGUACCAUCUGGUACCAUUCUGGUCCAAAGAGCUUUAUGAGCGCCAGCUAGAAACCCUGUAUCUUCCUUCCUCUGGUACCGGCUCUGACACUUGUACCAACUCCAUCUUACUGAUGGCUUUGGCCAUGGGCUCCCUGGGCACACAGCGUUAUCGCUGGGGAGAUAUUCUGUUUGAGCGGGUCAAGGCGUCUUGUCCUUCCUGGGACGACGUGGUGAAUCUUGAGACUGUACAGCUCUGGAUUUGCUUUCAUCUUGGUCGCCCAAGUUCGCUUUCUUCGAGGGACGUUGGCAUUGCACCUCCCAAGGAUCCAUUCAUCCUCAUCCUCAUACACCUCACAAACGUCAUGGCUCGUUCGGCAAACGAAAUUUACGGCCGACCACACGACUCAUUGUUGCAAAUGUGGAAGCUUGCCAGAUCCAUUACAGAAGACCUUCGUUGUUACGACGAGAAGAUGAAGCUUGCUCUUGGCUUUGGGCUUGACAAAUCACCCCAGCCUGGUGAUGUUGGUGUUCAGCAGGCCAUUCUCACAACCUGUAAGCCAUUGACAUGCAGAUUGAUGGACGGACGGCUAAGAAAGAUAGUAUACUAUCACACCAUUCUUUUGACAUUCCGACCGUUCCUGAUCUUUCGCGGGCGAUGGCUGCGCGAUACCAAAAAGUCUCCUUCCGCGACUGGGCCCAACACGACUAAACGUCCGACAGAAAUGCCGGCGUGGCUGAACGAGGCGUGCGACCACGCGGUCCACGCUGCAUGCAGGACUGUCCAUCAUCUAUGUGAAGCUGCUAUCGUCAAUGAGUUUGUUCGGGAACUUCGCUAUCAUGGCUUCUUCCUGACCAGCGCUUGCUUUGCACUUAUUUACGACUUCAUGUAUAACGAGAAAGUUGCAACUACACACCUUCCAUGGGUUCACGUGGGCCUCCAAUGUCUUGGAGCCAUGCGGCCGGGGGAUCCCAUCACAAGCUCUAUUUCAGCUAUACAGACUGUCCUGAAGAAACUGUGCCCGUCGUAUGAAUGGGUGCCACCUGGACCUGUCCAGGGUCAGACAUACGCACCAAACCUAACGAGCUCGGCAUCAGCUACCCCCUAUUCUAAUGGUGUAGCACCGAGCCAAGUAAAUCCUAUGCGCGAAACUUUCCCUGGUGGCACUUUUCUGGGAGGGUACCUUCCUACAAUGCCGAACAUCCAAGUCAAUCCGCUUCAAAGCGAUAUCCCGGAGGCCUCUGCUAGUGUUGUGAGCAGCGAGGAUCUUCCGGAUUUCAAUUUGUCGGAUAUGGGAUGGGAUUUUGACUUUUCCACGAUGGAUCUGGAAGCAUUCUUCUCUAUCCAACCAACUAUGAACCCAUCGCAGCCACUUUAA